GCCAUCUCUGGAUACUGGGUGUUCAGGAUGUGUUGUCCAACACCUCGGGGGAAUGUAAAUAUCCCACCAUUGUGAGCCUCAUCCCUACCCUAUCCCCAAAAUAUAGGGUCCUAAACCCUCUGGGGGAUGAGCAAUUAAUUGCUGUUACUAGCUGUUAUUAAUUAAUUGUUAGUAACACUGAACAGAUUGAGUCUCUCCCACAAUGUCUGGCCUGGGGAAGGAGGAGAAAGCAGGUUUUGGAUUCCAUCCAGUCCAGGUGUCCGCUCCACCGGUACUGCAGUAUGGGAGGGAGGCCAAGACCUCCAGGAUGGCCACCUCCAGAGAGGUCCAGCUCCAUCACAGCUGCCUGGGACACAUGGGGGCUGGCUGAUGUGCCAGGAGAGGACAGUGACCCACGCAGCCCUCCCUCCCUGCCACUCUGCUGCCAUGUCCAUCCUGGUGACAGGACCUGUGCCCUGAGGACUUCCAGGUGCAGCUCAGUGAUCCUUUCUCAGCAAGACUUAAAGGACACCAGCUUCCCUUCACUGAGAAGGUUGUGGGUACCUCUUCUAAUGAUGGAGAAGGAAGUGGAAAAGGAGGUGGCUGGCCUGCUCCCCUCCACAGCAGCCCAAAUUAUCCCCAUUGGCUCAGAGGCAGGAGGGACCAUGCAGCUUUUCCCCCCCACCUGCCCCUCUGGUGGGAAGGAGCGAGGUGUCCCCGCCAGCUCCCUAUCAGUCGCUGUAACCAGGGAAAAGGGGAAGGCCGUGCCUCGGGACGCGGUGAUAACCCAGGGGAUGCGGCAGAGUGCAAGCCUGCAGCCGUGCUGCCACAGUGCUGCUCGCCAUGGAGGGACCGCACCGCAGCUGCCUCCUCCUCCUCCUCUGCCUGCUCCCACCACCGGGCAUCCCAGGCCCACCGCCGCCUCUGGAGGAACCUCGGGAGCUGCUGCUGCUGCUGCCACCGUCCAGCACCGCUGACCCCACCGCCCACCUGCUGCGCGGCCACCCCUCGGCCCCGGUGCGGCCCUACAGCCUGUCGCUGUCCCCCGAGGAUUAUCGCUACGCCCCCAAACCCCGGCACCUGCGCCCCGGGCGGCUGCGCCGGCUCCUGGGCUCGGCCUUCGACCCCUUCUGGAUGGCGACCGAGGAGCCCCGCGGUCGCAACGGGAGCAUCCUCGAGGAGAACCUGGAAUCCCUGAGCAGGGAGCUGGCCGAGGGUGCCGGGCGGUAUCACCGCAAGCUGUGGCGAGAGGCGGAGGGGCUGGAGCUGCCCCCAGAGCUAGCGGGGGCCCCGGCCCGCCGCCUGCGGCAGUGGCUGGUGGAACGGGCCGCCUGCCGCCUCACCGCCGCCUGGGUGGACCUGGGACCCGUCUUCUGGCCCCGCUGGGUGCGCCACACCACGUGCGAGACCGGGUCCCCCGGCUGCUCCUGGCCCCCCGGCAUGAGCUGCCGGCCCGCACAGCUCACCCGCAUCAAGCUGCUGGCCUGGCACUGCUGGACCCCGCAGCACCCCGGGCCCCCAAAUUGCACCUGGCGGCAGAUCCCCUACCCUGUCGUGGCCGCCUGCAAGUGCUCCUGCCGCUGAGGGGGCUGCGGGGACUCCGGAGGUGCCUCCCGGUGCCUGUUCUUGCGGCCAAAAGGCUUGAGAAAAAGCAAACGUCUGCCUGGACUCACCCUCGGAGCUGGGGGAAAAGCCCCCAGAGAGAAAUAAACCUCCAGGAAGGAAGUGGGGAUGGCUGUGGUUGUUGCUCUGUGUCUCCCUGCCGAAGCCCCUGGGUGGGGGGUGCAGCUGCUUUGCCCCUCAGCCACCGUGAGGCAUUGGCACCAGCGGAGGCCCUUGUGCAGCGCUCAUCUCCAGCAAAGGAUGAGGGAUGGAAAAAUGAUGGCACUGAACCGCAGGUUCUGUCUGCACCAGGACUUUCUCAGUCCAAGCUGGGGCAUCCCUGCCUGCCUGGGUGGGGCUGCAGGCAGGGAAACAGGGCAAGGGAAUUCCAGCAGAGAAAGGGUAGAGGUGGGUCACUGCUUGGGGUGGAAACAGCAGUGUGGAGAGGGGCUGGAGUGAAUCAGUGGGGUAGUUUGGGACUGAAACAAGGCAGCCUAGUGAGGGUAGAAAAAGUGGGGGGUGGGCCAUGACCCAGGGCUGGAAGCAUUUUUGGGACUAAGUGUGUAUGAAAAUGGGAUGGGAUAGGAUAGUCCCCUACUCUGAGGUAAAAUGGGUGAAAUACGUGGAUCCCUCAGCUA